GUUUAAUGUACGGAGCUGAUCAAAAAAAUAAACCAUCACUUGUUACAUGGAAUAAACUGACUGAUGAGUCACGCAAUCUUCGUCAGAGUGCUUCUCAAUGUUGGUGUCUGGCCAGGUUUUUGCCCAUGCAUAUUGGAAGUUAUGUUCCAGAGCAGGAUGUUUAUUGGAGAACAUUUUUCAUUCAACAAAUCGGUCCAUUGCUUCACUUUUCAUGUAUGCGAUUUGAGUCCAAACAAAGUUUUGAAAACCAUCGUUUGGACAGGUAACAACUACAUUAAUGUGCCGGAUUCAAUUGCAAUCGGUCCAUUGCUUCACUUUUCAUGUAUGCGAUUUGAGUCCAAACAAAGUUUUGAAAACCAUCGUUUGGACAGACUAAUGAAUCUUAUGAAUCGAAAUGAAUCUUAUGAAUCGAAAUUCAAUUGGAGUCGCGACCUCGUCAUUGCAGUACAUGCAGCGAUAUUACACAAACACACAUACAUACAAAUGGGGCGAAUAUACAAUGUAAAAAUCAAUAAGAAUUAAGUAAACCUGUGCGUCCAGGGGUUUACGAUAAGCCUGUUUGAGUGGAGAGGUUAUUUUGUAUCCGAGUCUUUUAAUUGUAGUUUUUCAAAUGUUUUUGUUUU